AUGAGCCCCGACGAGGGUGAGGUCAGGGCGUCCUACUCCUUCUGCCUCCAGGAUCCUGAAUCGCCAUCGACGGGGGAGAAGAACAAACGAAGCGUCGGGCCUAGAAAGUUGUUGUCCAGCGAAAUUGGCGGCUGGGGUUACGCUAGAUUCGUCAGUAAAGCCGAUCUGGCCGCGUCCGGGUGCCUCAAGGAUGACUGCCUGGUGAUCAAGUGCACCGUCGAGGUCUCCGAAUUCAUCGACAACUACGCCCGUCUGAACGAGGGUCAGAUCAUCGUGCCGCCCUCCAACUUGGGCACACAUCUCGGCUAUCUUCUGGAGAGCGGCCUCAAGGCAGACCUGACUGUCAAGAUCGGUUCCUCCACGAGUCUCAGGGGUCCUCGCAGAAAAGCCAAGAGUUUCAAGGUGCAUGCCUGCCUGUUGGGUGCCCGGUCGCCGGUCUUCCGCGCACAACUGGGUGGCUCAAUGAAGGAGAGCAAGCAAAGCAGCAUCUGCAUCAAGGAUAUGGAUGCCAAGGUUUUCGAGGCCCUCAUCCAUUACAUGUACACGGAUUGCCUGCCUGACUUCAUGGAGGAGACCACGAAAGAGGCCACAAGCAUGGCGCAACAUCUGCUCGUCGUGGCUGACCGAUACGCGGUGGAAAGACUGAAACUGAUGUGCGCGAGCAAGCUGAGCAACGCGAUAGAUGCCGAUUCAGUGUGCUUCACUUUGGACCUGGCACAGCAAUACAAUUGUCAGCAGCUCAAGGAUUGUUGUCUCAAGUAUAUGGCAAAAGACCGUCAUAGGUUGCGAGACAUUAAAAAAACCAAGGGAUUUGAGCAAUUACAGAAAAAUCACCCACUUAUUGUGUGCGAUAUUCUCGAUGAAGUUAUAGGCAAGAUGUGA